GCGCUCAGUUUCGAAAUGAGCACCAUCAUCAUCGCAUUCAACAACACAGACAUCGCUUUCAAUAUCUCACCAGAACCAUCUAUGGAGGCGGUUCCAUCCUCUCAGCUUUAUUACACAGUAUGCCUUCUCUCCUUACACAACCACCACCACAACUUCUUAUUUAAUCAAUUCCACAAAAGAAUGAUAUCCCUUCGCGUUCCUGCUCCUUCAUCCUUCAAUCUCCAACGGUUAAACUCCCAAGCUUUAGAGCGGCGAUGGAGGCUAGGCAGAGACUGCUUCCUCUCCUUCUCUCCGAGUUGCGUGGAGAAUCGAAUCGGACUCGGAGUCAGAUCAACCAAGUCGGAGAUGGCGCCGUUUACGGCGGCGGAGGAAGAAACUCUACCGGAGGGACUCCAGCCUGAGCUGAUGCCGAAGCACGUGGCGGUUAUAAUGGACGGAAACGGGAGAUGGGCGAAGAAUCAAGGUCUUCAACCUUGGGAUGGUCACAGAGCCGGCGUUGAAGCGUUGAGAGAGAUCGUUGAGCUUUGCGGCAAAUGGGGGAUUCAAGUCUUAACAGUUUUCGCCUUCUCUACCGAUAACUGGAUUAGACCUAAGAUCGAGAUUGAUUUCUUGUUGAGUUUGUUCGAGAGGACGCUCAAAUCAGAGCUUGAGACUUUAGCCAAGAAUAAUGUUCGGAUCUCUAUAAUUGGAGACUCAUCUAAACUUCCGAAAUCUCUUUUAGAAGUUAUAAACGAAGUUGAGGAAGUCACAAAGAACAACACGAGGCUUCAGCGAAUCGUAGCCGUUGGUUACAGCGGGAAGUACGAUGUUCUACAAGCGUGUAGAGGCAUUGCGCAGAGAGUGAAAGACGGUGAGAUCGAUGUUGAGGAGAUAGACGAGGGACUGAUCGAGCAAGAGCUUGAGACGAACGUUACUGAGUUUCCUUACCCGGAUCUGCUGAUACGAACGAGUGGUGAGCUAAGAGUGAGUAACUUCUUGUUGUGGCAGUUGGCUUACACUGAGCUCUUCUUUGCUCAAGAGCUCUGGCCUGAUUUUGGGAGGAACGGUUUUGUUGAAGCAUUGAUGUCGUUUCAGCAGAGACAGCGACGCUUCGGUGGUCGAAAAUCUUGAGUUUCUUUUUUUUUUUGCAACGAAUAAAUUGGUGUAAUAAAAAACUGUAUAUGAUGUGUAAUAAAGGACGUUUUAUACCUCAA